AAAAUAAUUUAUUUUUGUAUAGUAUAUACAUCAAUGUUUAUGAUUAAGAUCAGUUAGCCAGUAAAGCACUGAAACAUUAAGAUAGCAAAUAAAGUGCAAUCCACUUAGGCGGAAGACCCUCAAUUUUUCAGAAUAAAAAGAACACUGUGAAUAGUUAUUGAUACUGCUAAAAAAUAGUAUGGUUGUUGACAAACUAAUUCGGAUGAAAGCAAUAUAAGAUCAAAAGGAAUUCAUAAGAUAGAAAUGUCUAUCCUGCAGUAAUCCCUUUACAUUUUCUUACCAGUUCAAGAAGCCAAAGAAGCAACCUCGCCUGAGUAUAUCAAUGCUGCCAAUCAAUCAACAAUCUCUCAAUCCAGAAAUUUUAUGUGGUGGCUCCGGAUAACUAUCUAUACACUCUUUGUCCUCUCUGGCCAAUCUGCAGCUAUGCUCUUGGGAAGACUGUACUACAACAAAGGUGGAAAGAGCAAAUGGGUGGCAACACUUGUGCAAGUUGCAGGGUUUCCAAUCCUCAUUCCUUACUAUUGUAUCUCUCUUCCUGAAAGCCCUACCACAAGCAGCAUCCAGAGGAACCAGCCAUGCGCCUUAGUCCUUGCCUUGAUUUAUGCCUCUUUUGGUGUAUUUCUAGCAGCAGACAGCAUGAUGUAUUCAAUUGGGCUUUCGUACCUUUCAGUAUCUACAUUUGCACUUAUUUGUGCAUCCCAGUUGACCUUCAAUGCUUUCUUCUCUUUCCUCCUUAAUUCACAGAAGUUCACUCCUUUUAUAAUCAAUUCUCUGGUCCUUCUCACCAUCUCCUCCACCUUGCUUGUAUCUCAAACCAAUUCCACAAACCCCAAUGGAGAAUCUAACAAGACGUAUGAAGUUGGACUCUUAUGCACCGUUGGUGCAUCUGCUGGGUAUGGAUUGACGCUUUCCCUUACACAGCUCUCCUUCCAAAAGGUUUUGAAAAGGGAAACAUUUACAGUGGUUUUGGAAAUGAUAAUCUAUCAGUCACUGGUUGCAACUUGUGCUACCCUGGUGGGGCUUUUUGCUAGUGGAGACUGGAAAGGUCUAAAGAGAGAGAUGGAAGACUUUGAACUGGGGAAGUUUCUUUAUGUCAGUACUUUGAUUUGGGCAGCUAUAGCUUGGCAGAUUUUCACUAUUGGUACAGUAGGAUUGAUACAUGAAGUGUCUUCCCUGUUCUCCAAUGUCAUAAGUGCUCUGGGUUUGCCAGUUAUUCCAGUUCUAGCAGUGAUCUUCUUCCAUGACGAGAUGGAUGGGGUAAAGGUGAUUGCCAUGGUGUUGGCUAUUUGGGGCUUUAUUUCAUAUUUCUAUCAGCACUAUCUCGAUGAUUCUGAGUCCAAGGCUGAAAAUAGAGAUGUCAAAGAAAUUUCAAUGCUUCCCCUGUUGAAAGAGGUUAUUGAUGAACAAGAUGGGUUUAAGAAGAUCUACUUAAAAGUUCCACUUUCAACUGAAGAAAAUGUCCAAACUUAUGAGCACUGAAGUUACUUUGGUCCUUCCGCUCCUUUAUUUCAAUGCCACGAAUGGGAAAGUUUCAAUGUACAAAUCCAUAUACCAAAAUAUGUAGGUAAAACCCUAGUCAUUUUAUUUCUCCACAUAAAGUGUAAAAAACAAUUUUGUCUAUUUCAUCUCCGAAAUUAUUGUAAGACUCCAGUAAAUAUAAACGCGCUCAUUUCUCUCCAAACUAGUCACCCAGUUUGGAUAGAUGUUAGGGCGAUUGAUAGCAAGCCUUGUGAAAGAUGCUAUGUUAAAUCAUCAAACUGGCAAAACAGCCUUGUGAAAGAUGCUAUGUUAAAUCAUCAAACUGGCAAAA